GGGACUCGGGUGCUCCACGGCUUCCGGUGUCAUGGCUGCUUGAAGUCCCGGGAGUCGGUGAGGCGGCUGCAGGUCACUCCCUGCGGAGCCGCUGGUCCGGCUGGCGGGGAUGUGACCGCGGGCCCGGCCGGCCUGCCUCAGGCGUCGCGUCAGCUCCCGUGUCCGUGCCCUUAACCCACACCGAUGGCGGGAUCCGGCUGCGCCUGGGGCGCGGAGCCGCCGCGUUUUCUGGAGGCCUUCGGACGGCUGUGGCAGGUACAGAGCCGUCUGGGUAGCGGCUCCUCCGCCUCGGUGUAUCGGGUUCGCUGCUGCGGCAACCCUGGCUCGCCCCCCGGCGCCCUCAAGCAGUUCUUGCCGCCAGGAACCACCGGGGCUGCGGCCUCUGCCGCCGAGUAUGGUUUCCGCAAAGAGAGGGCGGCGCUGGAACAAUUGCAGGGUCACAGAAACAUCGUGACUUUGUAUGGAGUGUUUACAAUCCACUUUUCUCCAAAUGUGCCAUCACGCUGUCUGUUGCUUGAACUCCUGGAUGUCAGUGUUUCGGAAUUGCUCUUAUAUUCCAGUCACCAGGGUUGUUCCAUGUGGAUGAUACAGCAUUGUGCCCGAGAUGUUUUGGAGGCCCUUGCUUUUCUUCAUCAUGAGGGCUAUGUCCAUGCGGACCUCAAACCACGUAACAUAUUGUGGAGUGCAGAGAAUGAAUGUUUUAAACUCAUUGACUUUGGACUUAGCUUCAAAGAAGGCAAUCAGGAUGUAAAGUAUAUUCAGACAGACGGGUAUCGGGCUCCAGAAGCAGAACUGCAAAAUUGCUUGGCCCAGGCUGGCCUGCAGAGUGAUACAGAAUGUACCUCAGCUGUUGAUCUGUGGAGCCUAGGAAUCAUUUUACUGGAAAUGUUCUCAGGAAUGAAACUGAAACAUACAGUCAGAUCUCAGGAAUGGAAGGCAAACAGUUCUGCUAUUAUUGAUCACAUAUUUGCCAGUAAAGCAGUGGUGAAUGCCGCAAUUCCAGCCUAUCACCUAAGAGACCUUAUCAAAAGCAUGCUUCAUGAUGAUCCAAGCAGAAGAAUUCCUGCUGAAAUGGCAUUGUGCAGCCCAUUCUUUAGCAUUCCUUUUGCCCCUCAUAUUGAAGAUCUGGUCAUGCUUCCCACUCCAGUGCUAAGACUGCUGAAUGUGCUGGAUGAUGAUUAUCUUGAGAAUGAAGAGGAAUAUGAAGAUGUUGUAGAAGAUGUAAAAGAGGAGUGUCAAAAAUAUGGACCAGUGGUAUCUCUACUUGUUCCAAAGGAAAAUCCUGGCAGAGGACAAGUCUUUGUCGAGUAUGCAAAUGCUGGUGAUUCCAAAGCUGCGCAGAAAUUACUGACUGGAAGGAUGUUUGAUGGGAAGUUUGUUGUGGCUACAUUCUACCCGCUGAGUGCCUACAAGAGGGGAUAUCUGUAUCAAACCUUGCUUUAAUCAGUAACCUAAGGACUGUUUCCUUUUUCUCCUCUUCCAUUUCUUGGGUUAUUCCACAUCUGAAUGCAGGAGUACCCCCUUACCAUUUUAAGAAGGUACUUUGUACAUUUAUUUAAUCCUACUAAUGUGCAGCCAUUGCCCAAGCAGUGACUGCGUUGCAUACGUUUGGCACUGAGUAGGACAAGACCUCUCAGCUAUACAUUGAGGGGUUUUAGAGCAUCCAUGUGGGCAACCCUUUUUUGUGCAGGAGAGCAGGUGUUGCUCUUCAGUAUGUAGCCUAAAAAAAUCUUAAUUAUUUCAUGGAUCGUGAAGCAAGGAUGAAUAAUAUCAUGUCUUGGUAAAUACUAACAAAUUUGUUAGGUUUGGUGACAUCAUUUACAGAUUAUUUCUUUAUGUUGUCCAGUGGUUCUUCCUUGUUGUUGAUAUCCAUAAGCUGGCACUGGAUGCUCUCAGUAAUGUUAAGUAAUUGUCAAGCAGCAGUUGCCUACUGUGUUCUUAACACUGAGUUGUGGAUUUUUUCUUAAAGCAGUACUGUAGUACUGAAUAUUCCUUUAAAGGAACUGCAGUGAGCCUAAGUUUUUUUAAAUUAAGCCUUUUAAAAUAGAAAGCUGAUGCUUGAUCUUGCACAAUUUUUAUGUCUAGUAUGUAUGCUUGAGUGAGUGUGCGAGUAUGAACGAUUAGAGAAAAUUUGAGUCAGUGUAGUUUGUAGUGUGAAUCCUGUGAGCUAAUACAGUCUAUACUCAUUUCUUCCCUACCUGUUUCACAUCCGUAAGAUUUAGGAUAUACAUUUUUUGAGAGAUAGUCUGUCUGAUACAAUGUAAAUGACAAAACAUAAUUCCUGAGAGGCCCAGAACAAACUGGAGUCUAGCCUGGAGUUAAAUUGAGACUUCUAAAAUGAUUGGAACAAAGACUGAGUUGUGCCAGAUGUAAAUCAACCCCUCUUUUAGUUUACUUUAGACUUUGUAUUAGCUCAUCUUUUUUGUAGUAAAUCUAUAGUUUUAAGGUUUCUCAAGAUGUGGCUCUACCUACUAUGAUGGAAAGUUGAAGUGGGUCAAAAGAAUUAGAUGUACAGUGAAGAGAAAAGAAAAAAAUGGGCGAAGAGAGGGUAGAAAAUAAAAGGAUUCUUUUUUCUUCCUCUCUGUUUCUUGUAUCCCUGCUCCCUUUUUCCUCCCCUUCCCUCAUUCUCUGCCUCUAUCCUUAGCUGAAGACAAACUAGAGGAACAGCAUCCCAGGUAGUUUGGCUUUUGACUGCAAGGUAGUUAAGAAAGGUGUAGAUAUAAUGAGGUAGAAGUAGAAAGGAAGAAAAACUAAAGAAUUCUUAAAAGGAUUCAUAGCAACCUAAUGUGUCCCUGAGUAGAGGAUGCUGCUAUGCGUGAGUUCAUGGACACAAGUUGAUUAGAUGGUUUUUAGAAUUAUAAUUAUGGAUUCUUCUUAUUUCAUGGUAGGUUGUCUUUAAAGAUAUAAAAAUUAGGAUGCCUUUAUGAAGCACUGAUUAUACCAAAAAAAAAAAAAAAAGACAAGUUAUAUACAGGUUAUUAAUUUUUUUAUUUAUUUAUUUUUUCCUAAGGAAAAAGCUAUUUUUCCCUGCUGGAAGCCUCCUCAUAUUUGCCAUGCAGGUUGCUGAGAGUCCAAUUAGAAUUUGCAUUUUACAGAAUGAAAUACUUUACCCCAUUCAAACAAUUACUGUUUGACAUUUUAGUUAUUUAUAAUUGUCAAAUUCAGGACUCUCCUUUAAUGUUUAUUAUGAAACCAAAUUUGGCAUAAGGAGGCUGAUUUAUGAAUUACCAAAGGGUCUUGUGGCAUGUUCCCCAAUACAUGCCCUUAGAAGGAAGAACUAUUAUUUUUUAUUUUGGCCCUUUAAGGAGUUGAUUAUAAAUUGGUUUGUUUUCAAGUCAGAAUUCAAGUGGGCAGAACCAGUAUUGUGAAGACCUAAACUUUCCUAAAUGUUCAUAUGGGUAGCAGAUUUUGUGGUGAUUAGAAACAUCAGGUCCUUAAAUACGAUGAACAUGGGAUACAAAGGAAUUCUUUAUAAGGGCAAGUAUCCUAAGUUAGCACGUUUACUUUUCUCUCCCCUCCACCCCCAAAA